UCCUGUAGUCUUAAGCUACAUGAAAGAACUCACAGUGGAGAGAAACCCUAUGAAUGUAAACAAUGUACUAAAACAUUCAGUUGUUCCAGUAGUCUUCGCUCACAUGAAAGAACUCACAGUGGAGAGAAACCCUAUGAAUGUAAGCAAUGUACUAAAACAUUCCGUUUUUCCAAUAGUCUUAAACUACAUGAAAGAACUCACAGUGGAGAGAAACCCUAUGUAUGUAAACUAUGUACUAAAACAUUCAGCUUUUCCAAUAGUCUUAAGCUACAUGAAAGAGUUCACAGUGGAGAGAAACCCUAUGAAUGUAAGCAAUGUACUAAAACAUUCCGUUCUUGCAGUCAUCUUCGGGUACAUGAAAGAACUCACAGUGGAGAGAAACCCUAUGAAUGUAAGCAAUGUACUAAAACAUUCAUUUGUUCCAGUAGUCUUCACUCACAUGAAAGAACUCACAGUGGAGAGAAACCCUAUGAAUGUAAACAAUGUACUAAAACAUUCAGUUGUUCCAGUAGUCUUAAGCUACAUGAAAGAACUCACAGUGGAGAGAAACCCUAUGAAUGUAAGCAAUGUACUAAAACAUUCCGUUUUUCCAGUAGUCUUAAACUACAUGAAAGAACUCACAGUGGAGAGAAACCCUAUGAAUGUAAGCAAUGUACUAAAACAUUCCAUUGGUCCUGUAGUCUUAAGCUACAUGAAAGAACUCACAGUGGAGAGAAACCCUAUGAAUGUAAACAAUGUAGUAAAACAUUCAGUUCUUCCAGUUAUCUUCGGGUACAUGAAAGAAUUCACAGUGGAGAGAAACCCUAUGAAUGUAAACAAUGUACUAAAAUAUUCAUUUGUUCUAGUAGUCUUCGCUCACAUGAAAGAAUUCACAGAGAAACCCUAUGAAUGUAAAUAAUAUACUAACAGAUUUCGACAAUGCUGUAUUCUACAGCAACAUGAACGAACUCACAGUGGAGAGAAACCAUAUAAAUGUAAAGUUUAGUAAAACAUUCAGGCAAUCCAAAACUCUUUGGACACAUGAAAGAAUUC